UCACUCGCAGAGGCAAAACCCCAAAAAUAACUUGCACCUCUCCCCAGACCUCUGUACUUCGUAUAUUCUUGUUGGCAUUGCCGCCGUUGCCGCCGUCGCCGCCGCUCUUGCUAGCCGCCUCUGCCGCUGCUACCGAUGUGCUUUUCGGAGCUUUCCAGUGGGUAACCGUACCUCUCGUAACGCGCCAUUCGCGCUUCCGACCGCAAAUCAUCGUCGUGCGCGCCUUCUGCUCUCCUUCUUUUUUCAUUCUUUUGGUGCGUGUGUAAUUGCGCGUCAAAGCUUCGUGCAACGCGCGAGGUGGAAAACUGCAGUCGCGAAACAGGAGCGCGUCGAAUUUCUAUACCGAAAGCUCUGUAUAGAGCAAUUGUAAUUCGAGCGAAUUUUUAUAAAUAUUUUUGAAAAAAGUGUGCAACACAGUUCUGGGUGAAUCCACGGCAGUUUGUUCCGAGUGUUAUAAGCUAUACUGGCGAUCGAAACUCGAAUGCAGAGUGUUGAAGCUUUUUUUUUUGUUUAAAUAAACAAGUACAAAAAUAAAGUGUCAUAAUACAGCUGUGCGAGAGUGUGAGAUGAGCGGAUCGUGAAGUUUUUUACGCAUUUUGCGCUGAUACACACGCACACCAACGCGAUCAGUGCGCCCUCGUUCAAUGAUUUGAAGAAUCUUCUCGAUUGUUUUGCGCGAGUGGAAAGUAAUUCGCUCGUAUAUAGGCUGCAGCGAAAAUCUACGCGCAGUAACCUACAUAACAUACACAGUAGUAGCGUGAAUCGAUCGGAUUAUUAUUUACACCUGAAUCAUUGGAUUGAAAUUGUCAUCGUUGAGUAUCGAGAAGCUCUCUACUUAUAUUUACCGUCGGAGCUUUUUCGGCCAAAGCUCAUCGCAAGACGAUUCAGUCGCAGUACUAGAUCGAGAGGAGAUUCGCAGUUUUACUCCAUCAAAAAUUAUGGAAAAAUAAUUGCCUCGCAAUCGUGUGUUGAGAGUUAUCGACUACCAACAACAACAACCACAGCAAAAGACGAGAUUUUUCCUGGGACCUGAAACAUGCCUGGACCAGGGGGCAGCAACGGUCCUCAACGGACCUUCGGCAGUAAAUUGCCCUGGGCCAAGGACGGACCACCCCCGAUACCGAUGCCCACCGCGCCGUGGGCCCUGAAUCAGCGUCGCGAGUCGCGCACCUCCACGGACGACGCGCCAGCAUUUAUGAAAGUACGACUGAAGAGCGUGCCCAAGCCAGCCGAUCUGGCGCCAGAGGCGUCGACUCCGAGCACGCCGCCGACGCCCGAGCCCAAAGUAAGCAAGAUCACCAUCAACAUGUCUCAAUCCAAGAAGAGUCCGAGCCCACAGAGCACAGCGUCGUCGCAAUCUUCGACGUUGCAAUCGGCGCAGUCGCCGUCGAAAUCGCCGUCACAGUCGCCGUCGCCUUCUUCUCUAAGAUCGCGCGAGAACGGCUCGUCGUCGAGAUCGAGCUCGAAUUCGCGCGGUCGCCUCGAGCGCUCGAGAUCGAGGGGCGAGCCGUCGCCCCUGUCGAGGAGCGACAGCAGCAGCGUCGCCGCCCAGAGCGAGGCGCCCACGCUCAAGAGAAGCGAGUCCAGGGCCAACAUGAUCGCGCCACCGCCACUGCCACCGAGGCCACCUCCGCCACCCCCGGCCAGAAUAGUCCUCAAAGACUUGCCACCCUUGACGGAGACGCAGAAGAAAAAUCUCGAGGCCUUGAAGUCCAGACCGAAAAAGCGUCCGGACUGGUCGUGCAUGAUGAAGGAGGUCGAGACCGGAAUCAAGCUCAAGCACGUCCAGUGCAACGACAGAAGUGCCCCGAUCAUCGAUCGGGCCCUGGCCAAAGUCUCGGAGCCGACCGGCGACGCGCACUUCGUCUUCGCCUCGGAAAAGUCGAACGUUCACAAUAAGCUACUGCAAGAAAUCCAGUCGGGCGUCAAGCUGAAGAGCGUCAAGACCAACGACAGAUCCAAGCCCAUUCUGCAGGGCCUGCAAAAAGGACUGCGCAGACAGCUGACCAUCGAGGAUCAGAUGCAAAAGGUCGACUCGAAGGUCAGCGAAGCGGAGCCCAUCGCCGACGAUAUGGAUGACAUCGAUAAGGUGCGCGACGAGCUGCAGAGUCACAAACAGCUGCUCGAGUCAGAGAUGAGGAACAAGGCAGCCUUGGAAAGAGAAAACAAGAGAUUGCAAGCGAGGAUAUUGAAUCUGGAGGUGGAGCUGGAGCGCGAGAGGACCGCCGAGAAGAGUACUGGAAAUCAGGUCUCGGAACACGACGAAAAACUCAAAGACGCGCUGAAAAAGGAGGCCGAGCUCGCGAGAAAGGAGGUGGAGAGGAUAGAGCAGGAUUUCGCCGUGGUAGCCGAGGCGAGAGACAAAGCUCUGAGCGAGUUGGAGGAAAUGAAGCGCGCCUACGCGAGUCUGGAAAAACGCAUGAAGGCCGGCAUGGCCUUGGCGGGAUGCCCGAGCGCCAAAGACGUGGCCAGGAUCGCCACGCAGAAGAGCAUCGAACGCGCCGCCGAGCCCGAGUCCGAAGAGGAGGAAGAGGAAACGGAGUCCGAGGAAGAGAGCGAGGAGGACGAGGACCCCAAGGUCGUCGAGGACAAGCGCAACCAGCGCGAAAUCGAGAAGAUGAAGAACAAAAUCAAAAAUUUCAGAGACAAAAUCGACCACUCGAACAAAGAGAGGCAACUGCUGCGUAAGCAAAUAAAGGAGCAGGAAAAGAUGCUGGACGAGGAGAAGAAGAAGUACAAAAACUUGCACAAAGAAGUCGACAAAAUGGCCAGACUCAUGGAUCCAGAUUACGAGGGCGACUCGGACGAGGAGGAGGAGGAGGAGGAGGAAGAGGAAGAAAAGACUGAAUCCGAAGAAAGCGAAUCCGAGGAAUCCGAGGACGAGGACGAGUCAGACACGGACGACGAGUCGUUGCCGCUCGACGAGAGGAAGGCCCUGUUGCAGCACAACAUCAACAAGUUCGAGGGCAGAUACACCGUGGUGAAGAAGGGCAACUUCAAGCUGCAGACCCACUUCGACAAUUUGAGGGACGAUCUGGUGAAGCAGCGCGCGGAAGUCGCCACGCUGAAGCAAGACCUGGACUCGGUGCUCGCCGAGCUCGGUUGAAAAAAUUUCACGGAAAAAUGUGUUUUUCCGCAAAAUUGUCACCGAUAUAACAAAAAAUGUAUAGGUUUCUUUUUGAUAUAUAAAUAUUAUACAUAUAAACGUAAUGUUAAAAAAAAAUUUACUCAUAAAUGAUAAGAAUAUGUGUCGUCAAGUGCACUUGAAAUCCUUUUUUUGUACAUGUGUAAGGCUGUUUUGGUACUAACAUGUAAUUUUGAAUAAAAAUAUUGUACAUCAUUUAAAGAUGAAAGGUCAAAUUUAAUAUUAAUGUAUUAACGUGUAAUAGUGUUGAUGUUCUUAAUCGUUGGUUGUAAGAAAAUUGAUGAUUCUUUUUGUUAUAUAAAAGUUGUUUACGAACGUUAUUGAGGUGGGAAAAAUUCUAUACGUUGCUUGUUAAUGUUUAGACUUCAUUUUUGUAAUUAAUUUAUCCCCACGUCAUUAUGUCGUACAAAAUAAAAAUUAUGUAUAUGUUUAGCUUGAAUUGAUACUCGUAUCGUGUAAUGUUACCCUCGUAAAUUAUAAUUGUAUAAUAAUUCAAUAAACCAUUAAUUCAACAGUCA